AUACCGGAUAAGCAGAAGAUGAUCCAGGACCACUCUCCUACACUUGUAUUUUCUCUCUUUCCCGAGAAACCAAAAAAUAAAGUAAAGGAAAUAGUCUUUCUGCCGAUUUUCUCCCCGUCUCGACUCCCGACUAUGGGAAAACGUCUCCGAGUCUAAUCUUUCCAAGAAAACUUGCAUCGAGAAUUCACCCCCGCCCCUGGGUGUAUCUCUCUCCUCCCCACUCUUCUAAUUUUCUCUCUGUAAUGGCGGCUGUUACUUCUCUAUCUUUCUCGGCAUUUGGUCAAUACUCCGAAAGGAAAGUCUUCUUCUGCUCGUCUCGCACCUUCAUUUCCAAUUUCGACUCGUUUCGUGUACGCACGAACUUUGCUUCCGAUUCUGUUGGUAUUCGAUCUUCGAGUGCGAAUUCUCGUGUGGUCAUUCGCUGUCUGUCUGCGGCUACUGAUGUUCCCACUGUGUCCGAAACAAAGCUGAAUUUCCUUAAGACUUAUAAGCGACCUAUUCCUAGUGUCUACAAUACUGUUCUUCAGGAGCUGAUUGUCCAGCAACAUCUCAUGAGGUACAAGAGGACAUACCGUUAUGAUGCUGUAUUUGCGCUUGGUUUUGUUACCGUAUAUGAUCAACUUAUGGAAGGAUACUCAAAUGAUGAGGAUCGGGAUGCAAUAUUUCAAGCAUAUAUUAACGCACUGAAGGAGGAUCCUGAGCAAUAUAGAAAUGAUGCAAAAAAGUUGGAAGAGUGGGCCCGUGCUCAGACUGCUAGUUCAUUAGCUGAGUUUUCAUCUAGGAAGGGAGAAGUUGAGGGAAUUUUAAAAGACAUUGCAGAAAGAGCUGGUGGAAAGGGCAGUUUCAGCUACAGUCGGUUCUUUGCUAUAGGUCUAUUUCGUCUUCUUGAGUUGGCAAAUGCAACAGAGCCCACUAUUUUAGAAAAGCUUUGUCAGGCCUUGAACAUUAACAAGAGAAGUGUAGAUCGGGACCUUGAUGUGUACCGCAACCUUUUGUCUAAGCUGGUUCAAGCAAAAGAGCUACUAAAGGAAUAUGUGGAUAGGGAGAAGAAAAAACGUGAGGAAAGGACAGAAUCUCAGAAGGCUAAUGAGGCCAUCACAAAAUGUACUGGAGACUACCAAUAUGCUGGCUACUAGUGCAACUGGUAGAUGAGCUCCUACUGGUCACUCUCAGAAAGCUCCAAGCAUAUGAUACUGUUUUUUUUUUUAUUGACAGUGUCGAAGCCAACCUGGUUUAGGCACAUUAUUGUUUUGAAUUUUAGCUGUAUCGUUUCAGGUAUUGGUAAUCCAAUUACAUCAUGUGCCUCCACAUUUGAGGUCUGUCUGGCAGAACAAUUUUCUUUAGUUAAUCACAAAUGUAAUUUGUUAGUUCCUGAAUUCAGGUCAAUCUCCAAAAUGUGAGUGCCCCAUAUUUAAUAGGGGAGAAUCU